GCCGGCGGCGCGUGUGUCCCGCGUGUGCCCCCCCCAGCGCCGCCGCACCGCCGCCUCCCCCCGGCCCCGCCGCCGGAUGCGGAUGAUCCGCGGCGUUAAAAGAUGGAGGGGGUGACGCUGAGCGAGGCGGAGCAGCGCUACUACUGCGACCUCUUCUCCUACUGCGACACCGAGAGCACCAAGAAGGUGGCGUCCAACGGGCGCGUCCUGGAGCUCUUCCGCGCCGCGCAGCUGCCCAACGACGUGGUCAUGCAGAUUAUGGAGCUCUGUGGUGCAACAAGACUUGGCUAUUUUGGAAGAAGUCAAUUUUACAUUGCUUUGAAACUUGUUGCUGUGGCCCAAUCUGGUCUCCCUCUAAGAGUGGAAAGCUUAAAUACAGUAAAGGACCUCCCUCUUCCCAGAUUUGUUGUGUCAAAGAAUGAACAAGAGUCAAGACACACAGCCUUGUAUUCUUCAGAUGCUGAUAACCCAGCUUCAUAUUCAGGUGUGAUUCCUCCUCCUCCACCUGGCAGGAUACAAGUCAAAAAAGGCUCUGUGAGCCAUGAUGCAGUUCAGCAGCGUACAUCAACUGAUCAACAGGAGUCCACGUCUCCAGUUGUUUCACCUCAGCAAUCCCCACCAAGCUCUCCACACACAUGGAGGAAGCACAACCGCCAUCCCAGCGGAGGGAAUAAUGAGCGACCUCUUGCUGGACCUGGGCCUGUUUGGGCUCCAUUUAGUGAAGUGCAGCCAGGCUCAUCUACUUCUAGCGAUCCCAUAUGGUCUGGCCAUUCACCACCACCCCAUCAAGAAAAUUGGGUCAGUUUUGCAGAUACCCCACCAACCAGUGCGCUUUUAGCCAUGCAUCCUGCUUCUGUCCAGGACCAGACAACAGUACGAACUGUAGCAUCAGCUACAACAGCAAAUGAAAUUCGUAGGCAAUCAAGUAGUUAUGAUGACCCCUGGAAAAUAACUGAUGAACAAAGGCAGUAUUAUGUUAAUCAGUUUAAAACCAUUCAACCUGAUCUAAAUGGAUUUAUACCAGGAUCUGCAGCUAAAGAAUUUUUCACUAAGUCAAAGCUACCUAUUCUUGAACUUUCUCAUAUUUGGGAAUUGUCAGAUUUUGAUAAAGAUGGUGCACUGACAUUGGACGAGUUCUGUGCUGCAUUUCAUCUGGUAGUUGCUAGGAAGAAUGGAUAUGAUUUGCCAGAAAAGUUACCUGAAAGUUUAAUGCCCAAACUGAUUGAUUUGGAAGACUCAACGGAAGUUGGGGAACAGACUGGUGAGGUAGGUUACUCUGGCUCUCCAGCAGAAGCACCUCCAAGCAAGUCUCCAUCAAUGCCAUCCCUAAACCAGACCUGGCCAGAAUUGAAUCAAAGCAGUGAGCAGUGGGAGACAUUUAGCGAACGCUCUUCAAGCUCACAAACUCUGACCCAAUUUGAUUCUAACAUUGCACCAGCUGAUCCUGACACUGCAAUUGUGCACCCAGUUCCCAUAAGAAUGACUCCAAGCAAAAUCCACAUGCAGGAAAUGGAGCUUAAAAGAACUGGAAGUGAUCAUGCUAACCCUACUAGUCCACUACUUGUGAAACCAUCAGAUCUCCCAGAAGAAAAUAAAAUGAGUUCAUCUGUAAAAUUUACAGCUGGAAAUACAGUUACAGAUGGUUACAGCAGUUCGGACUCUUACACUUCAGAUCCAGAGCAAAUCGGGAAUGCUGUAACACGGCAACGAUCACAUUCAGGAACGUCUCCAGAUAACACUGCACCACCACCACCCCCUCCAAGGCCUCCUGCUUCUCAUUCUCGGUCAUCAUCUUUAGAUAUGAACAGAUCCUUUUCGGUUACCCCAGGACAGCAACAGGCUGGAGUUGUUGCCUAUCCCCCUGCAGUGCCUCCAAGACCACAGCCUUCACAGGGAACAGGUCCUCAUGUGCAUCGCUCAGUGGAUGCUGAUGGCCUAAUAGCUCAUACCAGAACCUCACCUCAACAAAUACCAGAACAGCCAAAUUUUGCAGAUUUCAGCCAGUUUGAGGCAUUUGCUGUUUCAGGUGUAAACAAAGAGGAAGAAGAUGAAAUUGAAACACAUUCAGAAGUCUUGCAGGUUGAAAAGCCCUCUGAUUCUGCAAGUUCUCUUAGAGUUGCCAAAGCAGAUGGGAGAGUUGAAGACAAAGCACCUGCAAAUGUCCCCAGUAGUGCGGGUAAAGGCACUACCCCACUUGCUCCACCACCGAAGCCUAUUCGUAGAAGAUUAAAAUCAGAAGAUGAGCUAAGACCUGAAGCUGAGGAACAUACACAGAAAACAGGUGUCAUAGCUGCUGUUCUUGCUUCACAGCCAUCUAUUCCUAGAUCAGUGGGGAAAGACAAGAAGGCAAUUCAGGCAUCAAUCAGACGUAACAAGGAAACCAACACUGUUUUGGCCAGAUUGAACAGUGAACUACAGCAGCAACUAAAGGAUGUUCUUGAAGAGAGAAUCUCCCUGGAAGUCCAACUGGAACAACUUCGACCCUUCUCUCACCUCUAAGCCUACUGCCGUUAACUGUGAAUUUACUAAUUUUGAAAGGGUAUUGGUUUCAAGGCCUAUUUAAAUAUCCAUGCAUCUAGCUCAGUGCACUCUAUUCUACAUUAAAUGUUGUGGUUCUGUUUUGUCAAUUUGUCCACUUUUGUAUUUUAAAUAUUUUAAUUUCAGUACAGAGAGAAAAAAAAAAAAACAAAAACAAACUACUUUUUCCUUGAAUGUGACACUGCCUAUCACAUCUUUUUCUGUGGGCAUCCGUGAUCUUUGUUGGACUUGAGUUUGCAGAGUUUGUCGCCAAAAUUUCCAACUGGAAUUUUUUCGUGGGUUUUUUUUUCCUGUUGAAAUAUCUUUGCAGAAGAGGAUUGGUAAUCAGUUGAAUUUAACCUUUAAGCACAUAAACUCUUCAUUCACUAUGGCAUUUAUUUUAUUGUGCCAGAAAAGAGACAAACUACUAAUCUGUCAUCAGCCAAUGUUACUUCCCAAGCUGCCUUUCACAAUUGGAAAGUUGUUCAUGAUUCUAGAAAGCCUGCCUCUUUGCAAUUCCCCAGCUUACUCAGGUUGGGAGAGUUCUUGCAGGCUGUUUGCCAUAUCAGCUGGAUUGGAUUUUGUGAUUUUUGUUGCAUACAUUAUAGAGUAUGUAACCACAGAUUGCCAGGUGUUCACAUUUUAUCCAUUCAUGAUCCUGAUUCAGCCGCAUGUGUAGAAACAUUUAUGGCACAAUUGAUAGUUUAUCAAACAGGUCUUCUUUAGUUCUCCCUUUUGUGAAAAGAGUUGGGUGUAGGUCCCAAACAUUAAUUGCACAUUAUCUAAGCACCACCUGUAAUUGCAUGUCUCACAUGUUACCUUUUAAUAGCAGAUCACAUCCACCAGUCUUCACUAUAAUAAAUUGUAUUGUCAAGUAAUGUGUCAAUACCUCUAUAAACUUCUAAUUCCCAGCAAAAAAAAAAUAAAAUAUAUAUAUAUAUAAAACAAAAAAUGAACAGUUUUGCUUCUUAGGAAUUCUGGGGUACCUUCUGUCAUCUUGUUUCCAGGCCUUACUUCUCUGGCAUAUAGACAGGCUUCACUAUUAACAGAGUUCCUUGAGUGUAUCUUGCUCUUCAGGUUGAUGUACUGUAUUAGGAUUUGUUGUAUAUUGUACGAUACACACAUUUUGAGCUCAUAUGUAAAUUUGCAUUAAUUGCUGACUAACAGCAGAUAUUCUAUUUAAUGGCUUCUUCUGGCUGUGGGAUCAUAGAUGUUUAACUGCAUGGAUGUAUCUCUGCAGAAUCAGAACUAGCAACUGUGUGAUUUUUACACCAAUAAAACAGCACAAUAUUUUAA